CACCAGUUCCCCGUCCCCCUCCCGCCUCUCCCCACCAAUACCCCCCUUUUUUCUACACACCAUGGCAGAAGAAACAUCCGACAAAGACUUCGCCAUCACCUACGUCUGCGCCUCGCGCAUGCAUCGAUCCUUCACAAUCCCCGGAACAGAGACCCGCAAGCCCUUGAAAGUCACAUAUGCGAUAGCGGGGUUAGAAAAUGAUGACGCGCCCACAGUGGUGUUUAUAUCGGGGAUGUAUGGGAUGAGGUGGGUUGCGUUGUUGUGGCAUGCUGUUGCGCUUAGGGUUGGGGUGAGGUUGGUUUGUGUUGAUCGACCAUCAUUUGGAGGCUCCACCCCCGUCCCGUUAUCCGAAAGGAUAGACACCUGGCUCCUCACCCUCCCAGCUCUAGUAGAACACCUGCACUGCACACACAUCGUCCCCCUCGCCGCCUCAGCAGGAACAAUCUACCUCCUCUCCACCCUCUCCACCCACCCUCACCUCCUCCCCCCCACCUCCCCCUACGCCGCCAUCCUAACACCCUGGGUUCACCCCCGCGACUCAGGAGCAGGCUUAAUGUCCUUCGUAGCCUCAGACUGGAUGCCUAAAUUCCUGGUCGAGAAGUGUUGGGAUGGGCUUAGUGGGUUUGUGGCUACGAGGCUGUUGCCGGGGUUUGCGGCUAGUGGGGGGGUGGUGGAGGGGAUUGCGGCGUUGGGGGGGAGGGUGUCUAACCCUGCUGCUGCUGCGGGGGGGAGGGGAGGGGAUGAUGAGGAUGAGGCGGCGUCGAUGAAGGCCUUCGGAAUGACCCGCGCGAGGAAGAGCGAGGUCCAGAAGUUAGGGUUGAAAAUGAUGUUCACCGAAGAAACCAGCGGCGCCAACGCCGAAGCCGUCCUGUGUUCGCAAAAAGGCACACCCGAAGAAGUAAGCUGGGGCGCAUGCAAUGAUUACCGCACCUUUGUCCCCGCGCUAUCCGAACAAUGGGAGGCGAGGGGGGGGGGGGGGGUGAAGUUGAAGGUUCAGGCGUUCUUUGCGGAGGAUGAGGCGAUGAUUGGGGGGGGGGGGAGGAGGUUUGGGGGGGAGG